CCCAAAAAAAAUACGUCCACUUUCUGAAAUCGAAGCAUAAAAUUGUGUACUUCAUUUUGUCAAAGUGAUACCAUAAAGAACUGAAAUAGAAAAUGCUUGUCGAACUCCUUUUUCUCAUCAUUUUGCUUUCAAUGCAGCUUGUCGGGUGUCAGAAGAAGAAGAACGAUGCUACCAAGUUGAAACCACGUAACCUCGAUAAACCUGGUGGAGGUUCUGGUAGAGCUCCUUUCGAUAAAAAACCUUCGUCUGAUGAUAUUAAGAAUUUGGAACCUGUUAAAGAAGAAAAAAUGGCCGAACGUCCUGCUGAUGAUAAUGAGACAAUCAACGAUGCAAAAUCAAACUGGGGAACUGUUUCUUGA